CCCAGCAAGCUUAGCGUGUAGCGUGCACUAUGGAGCCGCAAGUCUCAGAGCUGAAGCAGAAGAUUGAGGACACGCUGUGCCCUUUUGGCUUCGAGGUUUAUCCUUUCCAGGUGGCAUGGUACAAUGCACUCCUGCCUCCGGUCUUCCACCUGUCCCUGCCGGGACCUACUCUGGCUUUCCUGGUACUCAGCACACCUGCCAUGUUUGACCGGGCCCUUAAGCCCUUCCUGCAGAGCUGCCAUCUCCGACCACUGACGGACCCUGUGGACCAGUGUGUGGCCUACCACCUCGGCCGCAUUAGAGAGGACCCUCCAUCUUGUCCUGCAUCCCAGAGCCUUCCAGAGCUGCAGAUCGAAGUCAUCGCUGAUUACGAGGUACACCCCAACCGACGCCCUAAGAUUCUGGCUCAGACAGCAGCCCAUGUGGCAGGGGCUGCUUACUACUACCAACGAAAGGACGUGGAGGCUGACCCCUGGGGGAACCAGCACAUAUCAGGUGUGUGUAUACACCCCCGAUUUGGGGGCUGGUUUGCCAUCCGAGGGGUGGUGCUGCUGCCAGGAAUAGAAGUGCCAGACCUGCUACCCACAAAACCCCUUGACUGUGUUCCUACAAGAGCUGACCGCAUCACUCUGCUUGAAGGCUUCAACUUCCAUUGGCGUGACUGGACUUACCGGGACGCUGUGGCACCCCAAGAACGCUACUCAGAAGAGCAAAAGGCCUACUUUUCUACUCCGCCAGCCCAGCGCUGGGCCCUGUUGGGCUUGGCCCUGCCCUCAGAAGAGCAUAGCCUGGUAUCCCCUGAGCUGCUUCCCCUUACAACACACACCCCUAAGCCCCAGAAUCCCAGCACAGUGCGAGGCUGGCUCAGUCCCAGAGUCUCACCAUCUGCAUCCCCUGGUCCCUGAUACCUUCCCUCUUCUGUGAGACCCCUAUUUAUGACAGUGGUACUUGCUAAGACUUUCUUGGCUUUGGCAAGAGAGGUUUUAUUUUGGGUACAAGAUGAUUAUUUUUGAUAAUAUAGGUAAGGUUUAGGGAAGUUAAGCUUUGGUCAAGACAGUCUAAGCUAAAAAUCAAGAUGGAUUCAGAAUUCCUAGCUAUCCUGGAAUAUGGGAGUAUUUAUUGCCUGUUACACCAUUUCUUCACAGUGCCCUAAGGUACUUGUUACAGGGUCUGAGCAACAAGCAUCCCCUAAAUAAUGGUACCCACCUGACGGAUUGUUUAAGGACUGAAUAAAUUCACACAAAGCACUGUCUAACAGUCCCUGGCAUAUAGAAAAGUGGUGUGUUGGCCAUUAUUAAAGGCUCUAGGAAUCCCGCAGUGCUGCUCUUAGCUCUAGUCUGGGUUCUGGAGGGCUGGGUAGGCUGGGGUAGCUGAUAUAGGAAGUCUGCCACAUGACCUACUGAAGAAUCCUCAGUUCUGAAUCUGCCCCAAAGCCUCAAGGCCCCAGGAGAAACCCAACUUCACUAACCACCCCCUCAGGACAAUGACAUGGAUGAGGGUCAAAUAAAGGACCAACUAUCCUCUAAUCAUAAAGGGCUGGCUUCUACUGCUGAAAACUAGCCAAUAAAAACCUAGAUCUUAACAGCAUGGUCCAGCUUUUUGCUUUGGCAACAUCAUCAGGAGGUAUCAAUUGCUGGAAGGGAGUGUUUGGUGAAAUGGAGGGCCAGUGAGGGCAAGGAAGACCCUCAGUGAGAUAAUCUGGCACAGCAGCCAUGACAAUGGACUAGAACAUGCCAGAGAUCCCGAGGAUAAUGCAAAACCAGGCAACCUUUCAUUCUGUUGUACACAAGGUCACCAUGGAUCAAAGAUGGCAGCUGUCUGUCUCUCUCCUCUAAUCAAGGCUAGAAACCCAAGGUAAGAUGUGCUGAGGACUGUUCUGCUACUGAAAGCCCUAUCCCAAGGCCACCAGCCCUGUUUGUCUCCCCCUCCCUUUCAGUUCCAGAGGUACAGAAUCCUGCAACUCUUGUUCUUUUACAGAGCUAGCACCAGGCACUUAGCAGAAGAGGCUAAGCCACAGCCACAAUGGUGUAAACGUAGAUGCCUGGGCAAUCUCACUGGGGUCUUACCUGCAUCCCAGCCUGUAGCGUAAGUUGCAGUGCCCUGGCCAACACUAUCCCAGGACUAGCUCAGCUCCACACAAGUGAAAUAAAAUAUAACACUGUGGCUCAGUUACAUUCCCUGUUUCCUGCGUUUUCCCUCGAUAUAGUAACUUCCUGAUAUAAGGCAGCUUUCGGAAACCCUGGUGGCGUAGUGGUUAAGUGGUAUGGCCACUAACCAAAGGGUCGGCAGUUCGAAUCUACCAGGUGCUCCUUGGAAACUCUAUGGGGCAGUUCUACUUUGUCCUUUAGGGUCGCUAUGGGUCUGAAUCGACUCGGUGGGCACUGGGUUUAGUUUUGGUUUAAGGCAGCUCUCGUUUUCUUCUUCAAAAGGGAAAACAAAGAGUAAAUUUUUUCUUAAACAUAAAGGCAGAUACCCCCUAAAAUGAAGAACCAUCAAGGUCUUGGUUCAAAUUUAAUAGAAACUACAAAAGAUCAAUGGGCUCAUGCUCCACUACUGGUACACGAAACACAUUAGCUGGCCUGUCCCACAGCACAGCUCAGGCCAUUUCCACCAGGGUGAAGAAAGGCUGGCCUCUCCCACCCCUGCAGGAAAGGUCUAUAUCUAUCACAUAUCAGGUCUCAGCCAAGUAUAAGGCUUUGUGUUUUAUGCAUGAAGAGAAGUACAAAAGAGGCUUUUGUUCUCAAGGGUGCCCACUGCAGCCCAGCACUAAAAUGGCCCCAUGCUUAUUUCUGCUUGGAGAAAUACUCUUUGCUUUUCUGGACGUCAGGCUUGAUGGUAUCACUGCCAGGCUUCCAGCCAGCUGGGCACACUGUAAGAGAAAGAUGCUUCUCAUCAGUAACCAGCUCAGUGGUGGGUACCACCCUCCUCCCACGAACAAAGGACCACCUCAAAGCCAGACCUCAGCCCAAGGAGCCUGUCCUGCAAUGUUAAAGAUCAUUCAGCCUUUUUAGUCCAAGGUUAACUAGAACCAUAAUCUAAUCCUCACCAGAACCCUAAUAUACUAUUCUACUGAAUUUAUUCAUGAGGUACGCCUGAAAUUUAAAGUAACAAGUUUCAAUUAUUAUGCUGUGUUCUAAAAAAAAUCUGUCCAAAAGCAAAUAUGGCAAAAUAUUAAGAUAGGUAGGCAAAUGCUUAUUAAUAUUCUCCAUGCUUUUAUCUGUGCUUCAGAUACUGCUUUUCAAAAAAAAAAAAGGUAAAUGAUUUGCCCUAACUUCCCCAUAC